AGUAGGCCUAGAUCUAGAUCUAGAUGCAAAACAAUAUUCGAACAAUUUCUCAUAAAUUGUAAAUUAAACAGUUUUGUUAAAUAAAAUGUAUUGCUUUUUUUAAUUACAUUUUAAUAUAAAGUAUUGGAGUUUUUUUGUGGUUAUAGGAAAAACAAUUUAAAUUAUUUUUAACAAUAUACGGUUUCAUAUGGGAAAUUUCCAAUUUUAUAUUUUACUAGAAAAUACCAAACAGAAACACUGAAGUUUUCAUGAGAAAAUUAAACAGUGUAGUGACAUUCUUAUUGCAAUCACUCAGCUUUUACAGGUAUGUUUGUUGUAGGCUGUUCUAGAGGUAUUUUAACCCCUUGUACAGUGAAAUCUAAUAAACAGAAAAAACAAAGAUGGCGAGAACCUCCACAUUCGCCAUGCUGUUGUUACUCACAGCUGUUCCACUAAAGGCAGCGUACGUAUGCCAGGCUGGUCAAUACCUCUCCACGGACCACACCGGUCAACCGGCCUGUCUCCCCUGUCCUGCCGGCACCUUCAUGAGCACCGGCAACCACGUGAACACGGCCUGCGUGCCCUGCUCAAAGCCGGACCACUACCAGUACGAGGUGAGGCUUAAAGAUUGCUCCACCACACAGGACGCGGAGAUUGGCUGCAUCAAGGACCACUACCGCGUCGAGGUCAAGUUCCAGGACUUUGUGGACGGCGAGUGCAACAGGUGCACGGAGUGUCGUCUGCUGAACUUGUUUGAGGCCAGGCCGUGUGACGAGACAACAGAUGCUGUUUGCUGUCCCAAACCUGGCAUGGCCGUUGAAAAAGAUAAAUUCGAUAGAUUCAAAUGUGUUGAUGAAACUUCUUAAAAUAUUUUUUUAUAAAAUGUAUUGAAAAUAUUUUAAAGUGAUGAACACACUUAAUAUAUCUCUACAAAAGUCUUGCUG